AGGCUGCGUGCGGCGAGGAGCCCUCGGAGCGCGGCGGUGCCAUGAGAGCGGCAUGGCUGACUCGCUUCUGGCACCCCGCGCCCUCUUGGUUGCAGGAGGUUGGCUCCACGUCCCGGUGACUGUUCAACAGAGAGAGUUUGGGUAACAUCUCUAAGAUCAUCACAAGGAAGCAAACAGAGAGGGGGAAAACCUGGCUGCCUGAGCACCGCUGAGCUGCAUCUCCCAGCCUUUGUGGCUCUCCCCAUGCUCCAAGAGUUCAACUGGUGCCCAACGCGAUGUGUGUUUGUCAAACCAUGGAAGUGGGCAAGUAUGGCAAGAAUGCCACUAAAUCUGGAGACCGGGGGGUGCUGCUGGAGCCUUUCAUUCACCAGGUGGGCGGCCACAGCAGCAUGAUGCGCUACGACGACCACACCGUCUGCAAGCCGCUCAUCACCAGGGAGCAGCGCUUCUAUGAGUCCCUGCCUCCAGAAAUGAAGGAGUUCACGCCUGAGUACAAAGGUGUGGUGUCUGUCUGUUUUGAGGGAGACAGCGAUGGCUACAUUAAUCUGGUGGCAUAUCCCUACAUGGAGAAUGAAGCUUUGGAGCAAGAUGACAUGCCAGAGAGGGACCAGCCACGGCGCAAGCACUCGCGUCGGAGCCUUCACAGGUCAAGCAGUGGCACUGAGCACAAGGAGGAAAAACCUGGCCUGGCCGGUGACAGCACAGAAAGCAGCAUCCAGGAGGCAAAGAGUUCCAGGAUGGACUUGCACAUCCACUCAGAUGUUCCGUUUCAGAUGUUGGAUGGGAACAGUGGGCUGAGCUCUGAGAAGAUCAGCCAUAACCCCUGGAGCCUGCGCUGCCACAAGCAGCAGCUGAGCCGCAUGCGCUCGGAGUCCAAGGAGAGAAAACUCUACAAGUUCCUUUUGCUGGAGAACGUGGUGCAUCAUUUCAAGUUUCCCUGCGUGCUUGAUCUGAAGAUGGGGACCAGACAGCACGGAGAUGAUGCCUCUGAGGAGAAGGCUGCUCGGCAGAUGAAGAAGUGUGAACAGAGCACUUCUGCCACCUUGGGCGUGCGAGUGUGUGGGAUGCAGGUCUACCAGCUGAACACAGGGCAUUACUUAUGCAGGAAUAAAUACUAUGGACGUGGUCUUUCCAUCGAGGGCUUCCGCAAUGCCCUCUACCAGUAUCUCCACAACGGCAUAGAGCUGCGCAAGGACCUCUUUGAGCCUGUCCUUGCCAAACUCCGAAGCUUGAAGGCAGUUUUGGAGAGACAGGCCUCCUACCGCUUCUACUCCAGCUCCCUUCUCAUCAUUUACGACGGAAAGGACAGCAGGGCAGAGAUGUUUGUGGAGUGCCACUCGGAGACGCGCCUGAAGCAGAUGGCCAGCUCUGUUCCGGAGAGCCUUCAGGAUGGCGGCGGCAUGGAGCCCAGCUCCCCCCCACACCCCAUGGUGGAUGUGCGUAUGAUUGACUUUGCACACAGCACAUUCAAAGGCUUCCGUGAUGACCCCACUGUGCACGACGGACCUGAUAGAGGUUAUGUGUUUGGGCUGGAGAGCCUCAUCAACAUCAUGGAACAGCUGCGUGAGGGAAACCAGUAGCUCUGGGCCAUGGCCGCUUAUUCUUGUCCUGGUGACUGGAGCAGACACGACCACCUCCUACCACGGGGAACAGCAGCCACUUCAGUUUUAGAACAA